AUGGCGUCUCUUGGCGUUCGAGUCCGCAACACACGGCGGUUUUACGUGGUUAACCCAACGAACGUGUCGUAUGAGUUUUCGUGGAUCCCGCAAGGGAACAACAACCCGUGCUUUCGGUGCGCGACACCGAAGGGUCUGAUGCUUGCUGGUAAACGAUGUGAGAUGAUUUUUGAAUUCACUCCACAGCAACUAGAACUCCAGGAAAUGUUCUGGUACUUCAAAAUUCCGCAUUUCCAGGUUAGUCAGCUUUUCGUGUUUGUGGGUACGACGACGGAGCCUCGAGUCGCGUUGGAUCGUGCAAGUGUCAACUUUAACACACUGAUGAUCGGAACAAAGACAUCUCAAAGCAUUUCGUUGAUCAAUCAGGAGCUUAUUCCAUUCAAUUUUGUAUUGGACAAGACUCGUACAAUUUUAAUCUGA